UAUGUUGUCCCGGGAGCUCAUCGUUCUGAGCAUUGUCUCUCUUGCUAGCGUCGUGCGCGCUUCGCCCCCUCACGACCACAGUUUUGACCCACACGCUCGUUCCUACCACCACCCCACCUUCAAUCGCCGCGAUUAUGUUACCCCAGCCCAAGCCAAUGCUGCCUACGACUACGUUAUUGCAGGAGGAGGCCUCGCCGGUCUUGUUCUUGCUGCACGUCUUUCGGACGACACGAGCAGGACAGUGCUAGUGCUGGAAGCUGGCCCAUCGGGAGAUGACGUCGCCGCCCAAAUCGACACUCCAGGAGAAACAUACUAUAACUCUCUCCUCGGCGCAGAGCCUUACGACUGGCUUUAUCAAAGUACACCACAGGCAAACGCAGGAGGGAGGACAAUGAGACAGCCUCGCGGAAAGCUACUCGGAGGUUCUGCAGCUAUUAACGGAAUGUACAUGGUUCGUCCGUCCGCGGAGGAGGUCGAGGCCUGGCACGACCUCAUCGCGACCACUGAUGCUAGCGCUGCUAGUGCGUGGAACUGGGAUAGCUUCUUCACGGCCUUGAAGGAUACCGAAACCUUCAGUCCUCCUACCACUGACGCUCAAAACACUGCCGGAAUGAAGUACGUGACUGGAAGCCACGGCAGUAGCGGCAAGCUGCACAUAACUUACCCUGGAUGCAUGGUGCCCGUUACGGGAUCCUGGCUGCCCACUCUCGAGGCCGCAGGUGUCAGCGCUUCACCAGACGGCUACUCCGGAGACAACGUUGGCGGAUUCUUCUCGAAUCUCGCCAUUAACCCAUCCAACUGGACACGCUCCUACUCCAAGUCAGCCUAUAUCGACACUCUCCCACCUCGCUCGAAUUUGCACAUCGUCUCCGGCGCCACCGUUGAGCGCGUUGUCUUCGCUGACAACCUCCAGGACGGCAACCUCGUCGCCAGCGCCGUUGAAUUCUCGACUGGCCGGGGCUCUGAGAAACGCACCAUCCAGGUCAACAGGGAAGCCGUUCUGGCCGGUGGCGCGAUGGGAUCGGCCCAGCUCCUCCAGCUGAGCGGUAUCGGGCCCCGCGACGUCCUCGAGGCAGCUGGCGUUAGCGUAAGGCACGAGCUCCCCGGUGUUGGCCAACAUUUCAUUGACCAUCUAGCGGCGGGCAUUUCCUGGGAGUCCAACGUCGAUACCCAAGGCACGAUCCGCAACUCCGGCUCUGACCUGUCAAAGACACCCGAGUUCAACUCGUUCGUCAACUGCGGUAUUGCUUACAUCAACGGCUCCCGGUUGUUCGGUGGCGACGAGAGCUUCAGGACCUUCCAGCAGCAGGUCGCCUCGGCCGCCGGUACUUCUGCAUCCACGCUCGUCCCUUCGCAGUACAGCGCCGUCGUUGAGGGAUACAAGGCCAUCUACGACGCGACCGUCAACAAAGUCAUGCCCACGGGUGGUCUCGUUGAGGUUCUGCUCAGCAUCAACUCCCCAGGACAGAUCACGGUUCAGGCAGCCAUCCAGCAGCCCAUGAGCCACGGCCGUAUCUUCAUCAACUCAUCAUCGGUAUACGACAACAUCGUCAUCGACCCCAACUACUUCUCGCACCCGGCCGAUAUUGUCGUGCUACGCCAAGGUAUCAAGCUGGCGCGCUCGCUCGGCGCCAUCGCUCCCCUCUCGGAGGCAGUGGGCAACGAGGUGUCACCUGGUGGCUCGGUCCAAACCGAUGAGGAGAUCGAGAACUGGCUCCGCACUGCCGCCAAUACCGAGUUCCACCCCGGAGGCGCUUGCGCGAUGCUGCCCCAGGAUCAAGGUGGUGUUGUCGACGCUUCGCUCAAGGUUUACGGCACGUCCAACGUCCGCGUUGUCGACUCGUCCGUCUUCCCCGUCUCGUUCUCUGCCCAGCUCAUGGCCCCUACCUACGCCCUUGCGGAAAAAGCUGCUACAAUUCUCUCUGGUACCUUCAACCCAUCGACGCCGUCGACAACAACCGCCGGCGGGUCGUCAGGUACCAGCACUGGCAGCGGCUCACCCACCACCACGACGAGCGACGGCGUUAUCUUCCGCACACCUUCAUGGAUGUGGCUAGCCGCCGCCGUCCCCGCCCUCUUCGCCCUCCUCUA